UAUCCCGGGUCCUUCCAAUGGCCUGCCGGGCUGAAUUGCCUGGCCAAUGUCACAUACAUCAUCAUUCUUGUCCAUAAUCCAUCAUGGCGUUUGAAAGCUUACCAACAGAGCUGCGCAUCAUCAUUCUCAAGUCCCUUCCUAACGAGCAAACACUAGAGGACCUGAUCCAUGCUUCCCCCUUGUACCAUGACACCUACUGCCUGGCCAAGAAGGACAUUCUCCACGAGCUUGUCCAGCGGCAAUAUGGCCUAGUAGACCUCGAAGAACCCUUGGCAGCUCUGGAGUCCGAAGGCCUCCACGCCGAGGUCUCCCAGCACAAGUCGCAAAUAACCACUCUCCUAGACCGUCUUCGCUGCCAUCGGGAAUCCCCCCUGCCUCCUUCCGCUGGCAUCCGACCCAUCCCCGAAAGCAUGCGCCUCCUCCACCUCUACCAGAAGCUGCGAUACCUGCUGCGCGCCUACUGCGCGCGCGCACCGUGUCCCCCCUGGGCCGAUCCGGAGGCCUGGCAGCAGAAUCUCCCCUUGCGACCCUCGGCCAGCGAAAAAGCGCGCAUCCUGCGCGCUCUCUGCCGGCUACAGACAUACUGCAACAUCUUCGGGUCGCGCGAGUGGACGGACCCCAGCACAGACGGCGCACUGGAUUCCGCGGCGUCCCCGUCGGGCAAACAGACCUCGUCGACGUGGUACAGGAAUUUCACGAUCGACCGCAUGUGGAGCCUGUUUUUCGGCGGGAUGGCGACGUGGGAGGUGGAGGAGUUCGGGUCUGUCUGGGUGUUCAUGCGCAACGAAUACACCCAUCUCUUCGACCAAAUCACUCGCGAGUUCCCCCGGUCCGACCCUCGCUGGCGGGCGAUGCGGCCCAAGUCAAUGCCCGUGGACCCGUGGGAGCUGUAUCCGAGUGAAGAUGCCGACGACGCUGAUGACUGCAGUAUUUACUGUAACCAUCUGGUCUCGCUAGGACCCAGCUUCCUCUACAAGGCGGCGCACCAGCCCAGCCGCGAGGACAGCUGGCGUCUAGUGAUCAGUAAUUCCAUCUCCUCGAAAUCCUCCUUCCAGGAUCUCGUGCAGGUCGUAACAAACCCAUCUCUGCCGAUGGCAGACGCACAGGUUGGUGACGGCGUCGAGGCUGGUCCCUCGAGCCCGAGCCCAUGCCCCAGUCCCAGUCGCAGUCUCAGCCCCAUCGAACCCAGCCUGGGCUGGAAACAGCACUGGCAAGAAAAGGGCAUCUUCCCGCGCGACGACAUCUCGAUAGCUGAGGCGUCGUCUCCGUCGCGGUCGCCGUCACCGGUCCCUGCAGCGGACGAUCUGUCCGUGCGGGACCUGGCGAAUUUCCAGGGCUGGGAAUGGGGCUAUGCGGUGUGGGAUUACCAGGUUAUGCAUCGUGGCGUUGAGGUUUAUUGAUUUGGUCUGCAUGGACUGCAUGGAAAAGUUAGCGAUUGCGGGAUUUUUUUGUUUAU